AAAGAAAAGUUAAAAGUUUACUAUCUCUUUCCCUCAUUAAGAACAUGGUGGUUGUGUCGUGAAAUUAGUUGCAAAGAGUAUUUUCUUUGUUUACGUGUCGAAUUCAUCGAACGAUUAUAAGCGCACGAAAUUUAAAGAUUAUCUUUUUGCUAUUUAUGGAAUACUAUCACAAUAUAUCAUACGUACAAUUUUAUUCGUGGACUAACUGUUAAAAUGAACAACGGUGAGAGUGGCCCGAGAGGCAGGGGCCGCGGUUGGCAGCAACCCGACAAUCAGCCACGAGAGCUCCGCCGUCCAAGGAUUGUUACCGAGGACUCAAAAGUUGAACCUCUGAAAUCAAAUUUGUCUGCGGAUGCUAAGGAGUGGUACCCACCAAAUUACACUUCUCAAGCUGUGUCAACAUUCAAUACUGAUCCGGCACUCUACAGACCCCCACGUUUCUCUGUACAAGAUCGGCUUCGUCAAGCUCAAGAUCAGAAUCCUUAUAACUUGGAAGAAAUGUCUUAUUGCUUGGAGGAAGCUGAUAAUAUGGAUUUGCGGGAGAAUAUAGCAAACUUGAUAACCGUCAUGUGUGAGAUAACAUUUGACCCUGGCAAGUUUGACACUCUCUGCGGUCCUCUGGUGGAUUCUUUUGCUUCUACAUUACAUGAUGAAACUUAUACAAGACCACUUGUUGAUGCUAUUGUGAACCAGUCAAUAGGUGAAGCAAACUUCCGUUACAAUGGAGCUCGAUUGUGCUCAAUGUAUGAUUCACUGGCACAUCCUGAGGAGUCUGUAUUCCGUGAUUGCCUGCUAGAGCGUUGUUCAGCAGAGGAGAACAAAAUCAUCAGUGGCGUUGAGACUUCAGAAGAAAACAUGCGUGGGUUUGCAAUGUUUCUUGCAGAGAUAUACACUCAGCUUGAAGACAGCCAAGGAGGAAGAAUAAAAUCUUUAGGCGAAAGCCUCUGCAAAGUAUUGCUGCAUUUACUGGACACUGAUAAAGAGAUCAAUAUUAAGGCUGUUUGCCAACUUCUAAAGUUGUCAGGCAUAGCUCUGGACGCGGAUUGUCCGUCGGGCAUGCACGCGAUGUUCGAGCGGCUGAAGCGCCGCGCGUCGCUGCCGUGCGUACACGGUGUGGUGGCGCUGCGCGCAGCGCGCUGGGGGCUGGCCGAGCCCGAGCCCGCGCCGCGCGCCGCGCACGCGCCCCACGCGCACGCGCACGCGCACGACGCACGCCGCAAGCACGACCUGACAAAUGGUGAAAUCGAAGGCACUGCGAACGAAGGUUUUAUGGCCGAUGGACAUAAGCUGACGGCCGAAGAACGCGCCUUCCUGCAAAGUAACCUGCCACCUGGCAAAAACGCCGCGUUGGAAGAGGAUAUACUUGAAGAACUUGAAAACGAGGCUUGGGACACCGGCAUGGACGCGGAGAUGCAAGCCAGUUUCCUUGAGUUUUUGAAACUAUCCAAUCAAAUAAAGCGAUAACCGCACUUGAUUUUAACCUUCUCGGGAGACAGACCAAGCUUACUCCACUAAUUUAGGAGAAGAAAAGAAAAAAAAAACAAUAAAAUACAGUAAAAUGACAAAAAGAUAAGUUUUAAUAAGUCAUAUUCAAUAACGGUAGGCGUGACUUCCACAGAUCAUAGGUAGUGGUUACUGAUAACUACUUAUACGAGGGUUGUAACAAACAAUUACAUCCAUAGUUUAUUGAGCCGUAAUGUAUGUUAUAAACAUUAUAAGCAUGUAGAAAUCUAUUUUAUUAAAUUGGCAUUUAAACAAAGCUACAGUCGUUAAUCAUAAUCGUAUUACGUGUCGUCAAAUUUGUUAUAGUAGGUUACCAAUGAUUCUGGGAUUGAGAUGAUUUUCUUUCUUAAUUCAUUGUAAUAUAUUCACUACUUAACACACGAUGUCCACGAUACAUAUACAAAACGAAAAUUGCGCAUCUCGUUUUAUGCUUAAAAUCACCAUGCGUCACAUCAUUUUGUUUUUAUGGACUCCAGUAAACAAUUUACUUCCUAAAUAGUAAGAUUAUAACUUAUAAUACAGAAAAAAAAUCUUAUUUACCUACACUGCUCUCAAGAAGUAUAUCGGCCAUUGCAUUCGUUACAACCCUAUUUAGUACAUUAAUUGCAUGUUGUCCUUGGGUGUUCACCGAUGCAAUUUCUUGUUGGUACAAGUUGCAUCCGAGUAUGUGCCGUAAAUCAAUACAUGAAAGUUCAUACUUUAACUAGGUGCUCCUAAAAACACUAUGCCUUUGAAUAUUAUAUACAUUUACCAUUUUAUUUUGUUGCUUUUUAUCAUAACAUUAGAAGAAACUAGAGUACUUGACAGUAUAUAACAAUUUAUUAUUAUUAAUAACAUAUAAUGCACUGGUCUGUCACACCCAGGGAAUGGAAUUGUGUUUACGUAUAGCAAUAAUAUUGUAACUGUUGCAUGAUUCGAUUUUUAUGAAUAAAUUCCUAGUUGCAUUUGUUUUUUGUGUUCUAUAUCUAUACGUAAACACGACUGGAAUUAUUUUAUCGACCCAAUGUAAACAAGCCUGAAAAUUAAAUCAAAAUUGUAUUUUUGAAGUCUCUAAUCUUAAGAAUGAUUAUAUACACGACUAACAGCCGUUUUAAAUAAACAAUCUCAAUCUUAACCUUCGAUUCGUUCCUGAAAAUAAACCAAUCAUAAUAAGUCACUUGUAAGCAUAUCAAAAAAUCUUUGUUCUGAUUGGUCUAUUUUCGUUGGAUUAAAAAGAAAAACGAUUGAGAUCGUUUAAUGGAAACCGUGGUAGAUGUAUAGUCGCGUCUCACGUUCACAAAAUCAUGAUAAAAGAAAGCCGUUAGCUGUUGCCGGGUAAUUCUCGCACACAUUGCCUAUACAUACUUUUUAUACAGUUUUUGCUAUGAAUUAUAAUUUAAAAAUGUCCCAUACUUUUUUCAUAAUUGUCAGUCUUGCUAUACAAUUUGGACGUAAAAAAAACGAAGUCAAUAAUUUUAUCGGCAAAAUACGACAAUAAAAAUGCACCUCCAAGGAACACAUGUUAACUAGCUCUAAAGGUGUAGGCGUCAGUUACUUUUGCCCCAAAAAAAAUAUUAUUUAUUUUUGUUGUCCACCGACUCGAAAAAUGUUAUCAAUGAUUUACGGAAUGGGUAAAAACAAGUUACCUAUAUUAGAAGUUUAGUUGGUAGUCAAUUAUUUCAUUUUUUCUCCAGUCCUCUUAUGAGAAGUAUUAGUCUGAGGACUCUGCUUCUGUUAAUGGGAGUAGUAAGUACCUAUUAAUUAAAAUCAUCCCUUAAGUCCCUCCUAUGUAAACCAAUGUUUAUUUUUAAGAUUUGAGGCAUCUCUGUAGCUAUGUUUAGCUAGCUUAUCUUGACUAGCUUCUAACAAGUUCUUUCAGCAAUAUAUUGCACUAGAACUUCCAGAGGCUUUUACCCUAGCAGUAAUAUUUCAUUAAAUCUAUUCGAAUGCGUCUCGCCUCACGUCCUACAAAUAUACACUGUAAAAAUCAGUUGCGGACUUCAUUUUCUGCAAGUUUUCUUGCUAAUCUUAAACCUCGUCAUCACCAUAAGCUCUAUUGAACAUAGAUCUCUCAAAGAUUUCAAGGCGGAACUGUCAAAAGUGGCCUGCAUCUAGCAUAAUCGUAAACCUUGUAUGUAACAAAUUUCUUCAAAUGUGGUUCCGAAGUAUAAUAUGAGCAUUUUUAUUAUUAGAUCAGAUCAAGAUAUUCAUAUUUUUUGUAACAAUCAGUUUAUCGUUUUGAAAUCCUUAUUUUAAUUGUCCGCUCAUAAGGUUAAUGUGCAAUGUAAGUAUCGUGUCGGAGCUUUUAUUUCGUUACGCGUACAACAAUUUCACUGCGAUGCGCCCACGCACAUGAGCCACGCGAAACGAAGUCGGCGACGAUACUCUAUGGUAAUAGGGCCUUAGAUAUCUAAGACGUGUAUAUAAUCUAACCUUAGAAAAUUGGUAACACAGUCUGAAAUUAAAACGGCCAUAACUACGAGGCAUUGUAACUUGUUUACAUUUCGUCUACUACCUAAUAUUAAGUGAUCUCAAUUUAUUUUUUGAAUUGUAGUAAUAUUAUGCGAAAAAAAAAA